AUGAAGCCAAAACACUCAAAUCAUGAGAACAUGACGUGGCCCCAUCCGUCAUCCCUGUGCAAUUGUGUGGCAAUUCGCCAAACAAUGAUGCUGAAAGAAGAGAAUGGAAAUGGAUGGAAGGCGAAAGUAGCGACGAGAUAUGUUCUAAAAACAAAUAUUGAGGAUAUUGAUGAUCUGCCUCUAGAGUUCAUCAUUCAGCCUUCACCAAACAACUCAACGAGCGGAGUCGAAUCUAACGGUGUGGGAUUUAAAUUUAUGGAAAUAGUUGUCAGUAUUUCGGCCCCUGAUUAUAUCGCGGUAUUUUCUCAACAUUAUACUCUAUGGUUUCUUGGAACGACUUUGGAGGAGCGCACAGCAUUACCGAUUUCCCCUUCUUUGCACAUUACUAAGCUUCGCCAAGAGUAUCCAACCAACCUUAAAUGUGGGGGGAUGCAUGGAACUGCUUUGAUGAUUUCUUGGGCUCGAUUUACACACCUACGAUACGGUAGGUAUCAGAUGAUCGAGAGCUACGAGUAUCGUAUUGAAUACCAUGACAUGAGAUUUGGCAAGAAUCUCAACUGUUUGAACCAAAAAGUAGUUCUUCUAUGCGUCCAUCACCACUGGAAAGCCUGUCGACAUCCCCGUGUUACCAUCGGACAAGAGCGAGGCUGA